ACUAAGUGUUGUAUGUCAUUCAUUAGUUUCCAUUUCAUUCAAUAGGAUAUUAAUUUUUUAAAUCCACAAAUCAACCGAAAAUGUUCAGAUUCGCAGCUCUAUUCGCUUUGAUCGCUUACACAUCAGGAUCACCAAUUGUUGCUACUCCUUAUGGAUUAGCUGCACCAGUUGGCCUCGCACCAUCUGUUGUCAAGACUGUUGAAUUUGAUGCCCAUCCACAAUACUCAUAUACAUACUCAGUCAAUGAUGCAUCAACUGGAGACAGCAAAUCACAAUCAGAAACACGUAAUGGUGAUGCAGUUACUGGACAAUACUCAUUAAUUGAAGCUGAUGGAACCAGAAGAGUAGUUGAUUAUACAGCUGAUGAUAUUCAUGGAUUCAACGCUGUUGUUCGCAAAGAAGGUGCUGUAGCUCCAGUUGCCAAAGUCAUCGCCCCAGCUUAUCAUGCCCCAAUCGCAGCUUACCACGCACCAAUUGCUAGCCCAUAUGCUGCUUACCACGCACCAAUCGGAGCUGCAUACCACGCACCAAUCGGAGCUGCUUACCACGCACCAAUUGCCAGUCCAUAUGCUGCCUAUCAUCAUCCUAUUGCCGCUCCAGUCAUUGCCAAGCCAUACUAUGGUUAAAUCAUUUAACUUAUAGACUUGAAAUAAUUAUUCGUUGAAUCCAAAGGACACUGUAAAAUAUUCGCAUAUUAAGAACAAGAUGUGACAACCAAAAAUUAAACAAGUUUUAAACAAAAUAAGCUUUAAAAGAAGAAGAAGCUCGAUUAGCAUUUAAGAAAAUUGUUACAAAAA